AUGCCUUUUGAAUAUUCUCAAGAAGUUAUUGACGAUUAUGAAAAAUUAUUUGAAAGUGAAGAAGAAUAUGAUGUUAUUAUUUAUUCUGGCGAAAAUGAAAAUAUAAAAGAAUUUCAUGCACAUUCACUUGUAUUACGUACAAGGUCUAAAUAUUUUCGUACGGCAUUCUCUAAGGAAUGGUCUGAAAAGAAAGAUGAAAAAUUUAUUUUUAGGAAACCAAAUAUUUCUCCUCAAAUUUUUGAAAUGAUUUUAAGAUUUAUUUAUUGCGGAAAGAUUGAUUUAGAGAAAUUACAAGUACCUGAUAUUUUAAAACUUUUGAUGGCAGUAGAUGAAAUUGAUAUUCAAACUUUAGCCGAAAACAUACAAAAUUAUUUGACUAAAUAUCAAGUUGAAUUUUUGGAAGAAAAUCCUAUUGAAAUUCUUGAAGCAACUUGUCAAAAUGAAUCAUUCACGAUUUUAUGGAAUCUUUGUCUAGGAAAAAUUUGUGAAGAACCCGAAAUGUUAUUUAAUUCAGAUAAGUUCAUCACUUUAAAAGCAGCUUUAUUGGAGUUACUUUUGAAAAGAAAUGAUUUAUCAUUAGAUGAAAUUGUUAUCUGGGACAAUUUGAUUAAAUGGUGUUUGGCUCAACAUCCUGAUAUUUCACAAAAUCCUACACAAUGGAAUAAAGAUGAAAUCGCAAUAUUGGAGAAAACUAUUCAUAGAUUUAUUCCGUUAAUAAGAUUUGAUCAUAUCUCUUCAGAAGAUUUUAUUAUUAAAGUAUAUCCUUUUAAAGAAAUAAUACCAAAUGAUCUGGUUAAUAACAAGCUUAUAUAUCACAUGGCUCCAAAUAAGCAAUUAAAUGUAAUUUUACAACCUCCCAGACAACCAAAAUGUAUUUACGAUUCUAUUUUACUUAGGUCUCAACAUUUUGCUAUUUUUUCUGAUUGGAUUGAAAAGAAAAAUGAUUCUCAUUAUAAUAUAGAGAAUAUUCCUUACAAAUUCGAUUUACUUUGCCGUGCUAGUAGAGAUGGUAACACAUCUGAAGUAUUUCAUGCUAAAUGUGAUCAUAGAGGUGCCACUAUAAUUAUAGCAAAAAUUUCAAAUUCGAAUCAUAUUGUUGGAGGAUAUAAUCCACUUUUUUGGGAUACAACUAGUGAUUGGAAGUCUACAAAUAAUAGUUUUAUAUUCUCAUUUACAAAUACAAAUGACUUUCAAACUGCAAAGGUAGGUCACGUUACUAAUACAAGUUAUGCUAUGCGAUGUAGUUCAGCUUAUGGACCAAUAUUUGGUGGUGGUUAUGAUUUAUUUCACAGUGUUGAUAGUACUUGGAAAAGCCAUAAACACUCUUAUCCUGAAAUUGAUAUACCACAGGAUCGUAAGAUGGGCAAUUAUAAUGUUUUUAAUGUAGAGAAUUAUGAAGUGUUUCAAGUUGUUAAAAAAUAAUCUGAUUGAUAUAACAUAUUAAUUGUAGUUGUUAGUUUUCUUUUAAUAACAAAUUUAUUAAGUUUAUCAAAAAAGUAACAAUUUCAUGU